CCUGAGACUGCGUGGGGAAGAGUUCGCCGCGGGUGGCACUUUGUCCCAGGUGUGGGUCCCGCGUUCCGUGGGCGGCAGGCAGAGGCUCGCGGCAGAGCUGAGGGCCGGGAGUGCGGGCGGGGGCCCUGGCCGAGCUGAGCUCAGGAAUCUGCGGCUUCCCGGGAGCGCGCAGGCGGCGCACGUGGGGAGCCGUGCGUGGAAGCCUGACCGGUGUGCCCUGACCUCUGACUCCAAGUAACCUUGCAAAGGGAGGGCCUAGGGUUAGACAGACAGGCGUGCAGCGGCCGGUGACCACGCUCCUCUCCCCACAGGUCUGGCCUCGGCAUGGCCGCCCUGCUUGUGAGAAGCGCGGUGGCUUCGCUCGUGGACCCGCUCCUGCACCUGAGUAGCCUCGCCGUGAAGCCCCGGGCCUUCUCGUCCUUCCUGCUGGGGACCCUUCCAAGCGCCAGACCCUGCGCAGAGGUGCGCUCACUUCUCUGGGGCCGCCCCCUGCCGCAACUGCAGCCCUCGCAGGGCUUCAAGACCAAGGGUGUCAUCAAGAGGCGCUGCAGGGACUGCUACAUGGUGAAGAGGCGUGGGCGCUGGUUCGUCCUCUGCAAGACCAACCCCAGGCAUAAGCAGAAGCAAAUGUAAGGGCCAAUGCCCGUGGGAAAUUCGUUUCGCCGUAUCAAAGAAAAAUAAAUGUAAGCAUUCUGUAAGAUCUGUGACUUAGGGUUUUGUUGAACUCACCUGCUUCCCCACCCCAAAUCAUAGCCCAGUUCCUUCAAAUCCAAUCAGUCCAGAGCUACAGAUGGGGAAGGAUUUACUGUUCCUGCAGCUGUGUGUUGAGCUGGAGGCCAGAAGAAACAGGAAUGCAAAGCUAGCUUUAACUCUUGAGACAGGGUCUGGCUCUGUAGCACUGGCUGACCUGAAACUGCAGAGAACCUCCUGCCUCUGCCUCCCUGGCAUUCAUCAAAUGCAGCAGAAUGCAAGUGCUUUUUAGAAGCCAACUGAGCCAGAAGGCUCCUGUAGGGAGCAAAACCACCUCAGCUUAAAAAUAAACGGUGUUGUUGGAUAACAACUGUCCCAACCUUUGCUCAAGGAAAACCUUGUUUACAUAUAGAUGUUUUUCAGAUACCAAUUAAAAAAUGUUUGUCAUGACUGUUCUUAAA